UUCGUCCUCAUAAGGAGCUACAAGUAUAUAAAUCUUAAUCCAUCAUUCAUUCUACUUAUCAUCAAUCAAUCAAAAUUUAUUCGGUUUUCGUUUCAUUCCGAAAUUUUUUUUUACUUAGUAUUCUAUGUACCUGAAUUAACUUUUAUUCUCGGUCAAAAUGAGAAUUAUAGAAGACAAAUUUUGCUUUUAAAUCACCCAAUUGCAACUGAAUAUGCGACAAAUUCUCUUGUUUUCAUUUUCACGUUAACUGAACAAUUAUAUUCUGAAAUUGAAUUUUAAAUUAUACAUACUAUUAUGUUUUCCUGGUAAAUCAAAUGCCUCCCCAUGCCUAAAUUUCUAGCGAUAUUUUAUAUAUGUUCUUUUAUCACAGUUAUUUUUUUGACAGUUUCUUUUGCUACGUUAUCAAAAAGUGACCGUAAAAGUCAUAAAAACGAAAAGAAGAAUACCAAAUCGGAUGUACAGUCUGCAAAUGAUGUUUCCUACAAGGAAAAUUCUAUUGCUAAAAAAGCUAUCAGUUCUCAAGACAUUAUAGAUGAACACAAGUCUUAUAGUGUUUCAAAAGCCAUAACUAAAAAUUUUGAUCAUGAAGUACUAGCUUAUGUUACUCCAUGGAAUAAUCAUGGUUAUGAUAUUGCUAAACUUUUUGCUGCUAAAUUUACUAUGAUUUCACCUGUUUGGCUUCAAAUGAAACCUAAGGACAAUAAAGGUGCAGUGCUAAUUGAAGGGCUACAUGAUAUUGAUGAAAAUUGGAUGUCUACUUUGAGACAACAUAAUAAAAAGUUGAAAAUUGUGCCCAGAAUUAUUUUGGAGCAAUGGACCUAUCCUCUCCUGAAACCGCUUUUAAAAGAAAAAGCAGCUACAGAUGAUGCCAGUGCUGAAUUAGUUAACUUAGCUAAGAAAAAAAGUUUUGAUGGCUAUGUGAUUGAAAUCUGGAGUCUUCUAGGUGGCCAAAUGAAAAUGGAGUUGACAAAGUUCCUAGUUAGAUUGGCAAACUUACUGCAGCACCAUGGAUUAUCUCUCAUAUUGGUGAUACCACCUCCAUCAUAUUCUGGGGGAGAAACUGGUAUGUUUAAUCGCCAAGAUUUUGAAAAUCUGGUUGAUCAUAUUACUGCCUUCAGUCUAAUGAGUUAUGAUUACUCCAGUCGGCAAAGGUCUGGACCAAAUAGUCCCCUUAAUUGGCUUCUUCAUUGUGUUGAAGAUUUAAUACCAGAUAAAUCUAGUCCAAAUCGUAAAAAAUUGCUUUUAGGCUUAAAUUUUUACGGAUAUGAUUAUUCUAGCGGAUCUGGAAAACCAAUUGUUGGUCAUGAGUACAUAGGAGUUCUGGAAAAACACAAUCCAAAGCUUGUAUUCCACAAUAAUUCUGGAGAACACUCUUUAACAUACUGGUCUGAAAACGUUAAGCAUGAAGUGUUUUUUCCUACAUUGUAUUCAAUCAGCAUUAGGAUGCAACUUGCUAAAGAAUUGAAAACUGGGCUUGCCAUAUGGGAAAUAGGUCAAGGGCUUGAUUAUUUCUAUAAUUUACUGUGAUAUCUUGAUAA